UUCACGAAGAGCGCGCUUCCAUUGUGAUUCACAAUAUAUUUUUGGUCACUUUGUACACAACUAUCAGCUCAGACACACAGGCUAUACUUAUUCAGUUCUUCCUCCACAACGUGUGUCGCGAGGAGAACAUGAGGGCGGGUUCAUCACAGAGAACGAGAAGUGUCUUCGUGUCGAGUCACAUCAGAACCAGGGCGGAGGAGAACCGGACGUCGCACUACUUGCGCCGAGGAGGCAGCGCGCGGCGCGUAAAGCGGCACUGCGGCAGCGCCGUAUCACUGCGCCCGGUCCCCGGUCCCCCUUCUCGCUUCUCCCUUCUCCGGGAUCCUGAAGCUCGGGUCUGUGGAGAGGAGGAGGCGGAGGAGGAGAAACCCUCCGGUUUUUUUCUUCCUUUUUGCGGGAUUUAUUUUGCCAGCUCCGAAACAGCCUUCUCGUGCUCUUAUCGUUUUGAAUAGUGACCGAAGGCCUGCAACUUGUCCGGACGGUCCUCCCCCACUCGCAAGGGAGGGAGAGUUUGCUGACCUUGGGUAAGAGGAGAAGGUUCCUGGAGAAGAAAGAUGUGGCGUCGCCUGCUCAACUCGCCAUGGGGGCACAUGUUCAUUGAGCGGACAUUUGCUUUCACUGGAGCGUUUCCUGGCAAAAGCUGGAAUUGACAGCUUGGUGCUAUUGUGUUGAAUAGAUCAUUUUACACCUCUGUUGUAGGAUUUGAUGGACUGCCUUUGGGGAUCUGUGCUUGGAACCUAGCUCGGUUCAGUGACUCGUUGCAGUUUUGCAUUACCUGUGAAAGGCGUCAUCUGGUGGAUGUUACUUUCCUACCCCGGAUCUAAUACAUUGAUAACAUCCACUUGGAUACUGCGGAGAUUCUCAUCAAGGAGUUUUUCACACGAGUGGAGGUCAAGUGGUGCCAGUGUUUGGCCCUUGAAUAGUUUUAUUCUCUGUAAGAGGAACAGUUGAUUGGAGCUUUCCUAUGAAGGACAUGGAUGGCCCUCGAUCUAGUGGCCUACGCAAGAAGAGGAAGUCAAGGUCAGAGAGGGAUCGAGGAAGGAGAUCAAAUGGUAUAAGGAGCAACCAUGUCAAGGGUUCGGUUUUUCGCUUCUCCUCCGAAUCGGAGUGCGAGCGCCGGCCCUCCUCCUCCCGCCCACGACCCCCGCGAAGAAAGCGAAAGGAGUCUACUUCCGCUGAGGAGGACAUCAUCGACGGCUUCUCCAUUACUGGGUUCGUGACCCUGGAGCUUCUGGAGAAGAACAUUUCACUGAAGCCCCAGGAGUGUAGUGACAACCAGGCUGGGCCCCUGCACAAGAAAAAGCCUGUCAGAGUCCCCAACGGCAUGAGCUUGGAGACCUGCAAGAACAAUCACCACCACCAGCAGCCUUCAGACCAAGAGAACAACCCCCGCCUGGCACAUACACAAGGCAAGAGGAAGAAGAAACGCCUGAACAAGAAACACUCAACGCUGAAGCCAGGGCCGAACAACGGUAAAGGCAGCGACAGUGAGAGUGGAGAGUCCAAGCCUUCCUUCAGGAGCAGCUCCAGAGACAGACUGACGGAUUGCGACACCGGGAGUGACCAAGACGAAAAGGUCUCGGAUGCCGGCUCCGAGAAAUUUUUCAGCACUGCUGCAGUCAAAGCUCCAGAUUUUAGCAUCAAUGUGCUCUCCACCAAUGGCAGCCAGGAGCCUACUGGCCCAGGCCUCCUCAAGCUGUCAGGCCUAGAGCGCAGUCAAGAGAGGAGCCAGGAGAGCUGCAGGGACCCCCAACCCCCUGCGUCCAGCACCCCCAAUCAGCCUUUACCUCCCCAAGACCUCCCCCUUUCCCAGGCCAAGCCCCAGCUGUCCGUCACCCGGCCCCUGUCCCCUAAUUGGAGCCAGGUGAACGGCCUUACCCAGGCACCGGCCUUGACCCACCUUCCCCCACAUUCAGAGGCUCUCCCCAGGCCUCAGACACCUGCAGCCCUGCCUCUCGUCCACGGCCAAGAGCCCUCGCUGCCCCCCCCUCCCCGGCCCCAACACCAGCCUGAAGUGCUGUCUCACCCUCGGCCACCACCAACGCCCAGCCUCCACCCACAUCCACCAUCGCCUGCCCUUCCAACCCACCACCCCCACCAACAGCAUCCCAGUCAGGCAGGGCCCCACCGGCCCCCAUCGCGCUGCCACCCCCGGCCCCCCUCUGCCUACAACAGCCUCAACGGCCACAGUAGCAGCAGAAGCAGUACCCCAGGCACCAAGCCCCACGGGCCCCCGGGUCCCUCCUUUCACCUCCCCCACCACCCAGCACCUCCUGCUGCUGCAGCGGGAACAGCAGCAGCCUCCACCUUCCCUCUGCCCUUGGGGGCUAACCAGAGCACCCCCCACAGCUUCCCCUCUGCCUUGCAGUCCUCGCCACACCCCCAUCACCCCAAUAUGUUCGCUCCUCCAGCAGCCUUGCCUCCACCACCACCAUUGACCUCUAGCGCCCUACCAGUACCUGGACAUCCUGCAGCUGGGAGUGCCUAUUCAGAGCAAGAACUUCUACGCCAGGAGCUCAACACCCGUUUCCUGGCCUCCCAAAACGCCGACCGCGGCGCCUCGCUGGGCCCUCCGCCCUACCUGCGCACAGAGUUCCACCAGCACCAGCAUCAGCACCAGCAUCAGCACCAACACACCCACCAGCACACGCACCAGCACACCUUCACGCCCUUCCCACACGCCAUCAUGCCCACCCCAGCACCACCUAUGGUGCGUACCCCUGCCAGAAAUUUUGAGAAAUACCCAACAAAAGUCGACCCGUUCUACAGACACAGUCUCUUCCACUCCUACCCACCGGCCAUGUCUGGCCUUCCUCCUGUCAUCCCUCCGACCGGGCCCUUCGGCUCACUGCAGGGCGCCUUCCAGCCCAAGACCUCGAAUCCAAUGGAUGUGUCCACAAGACCUGGAUCCGUCCCACACACGUUCUUACAGAAGGACCCCAGGCUAACGGAUCCAUUUCGGCCCAUUCUCAGGAAACCAGGGAAGUGGUGCGCCAUGCAUGUCCACAUUGCCUGGCAGAUAUACCACCACCAGCAGAAAGUGAAGCAGCAGAUGCAGGUCGACCCUCACAAGCUUGACUUUGGCCUCAAACCCGAGUUCCUGAGUCGACCUCCGGGCCCUGGCCUCUUUGGCGCCAUCCAUCACCCCGGCGACUUAGCGCGGCCAGCUACGCUCUUCUCCGCUGCAGGUCCCACACACCCAUCCGCAGGUCCCUUCGGCCAUCCGCCCCACCAUCCUGGAAACUUCCUCACCCCAGCGUCUCACUUAGAACCUUUCGCUAGACCACCAUCGUUUGGAGGACUGGGAGCUCUCAGUUCAUCAGCGUUCGGAGGACUGGGUAAUCCAGCACUAAAAUCCCUAACAGCGGCCAACUCGGUAUUCGGCCAUAAAGAUGGCCCAAACGCACAGCAGCACUUCAACAGCAGCAGUAACAGUAGCCACCAGGAGCCGUGGAACCGGCUGCACCGUACACCGCCCUCCUUCCCAACACCACCCCCCUGGUUAAAACCCACAGACUCUGAGAGGAGCGCAUCAGUCAGCUCGCACGAGAGGGACCGAGACUCUGACAAGCGGGACUCGUUGGUCAGUAAGGACGACAAGGACAGGGACUCUGUAGAGAAGCGUCACCUGAGCCAUCCUUCACCGGUCCCCAUCAACCCGAUUAGUCUCCUUGGCCACAGCCGACCUCCUGAGCACCACAGGAACCACCUGCCCCCUGCUUCUGGAGAACCUCAGAGGGACAAGGAGAAUAAGGCAAAAGAUAGGGAGAGGGACCACUCAGAGUCCUGGAAAGACAAUGGAACAGACGACCACAAGCUCAAAGACAACCAGCACAGCGACAAGGACACACCUAUCAUCCACGACAGCCGAGUCUCAGAGGACAAAGUGUCCAACAGGGGGACAACAUCGCCCUACAUCCGGCAGACCAGCCUGGAACGUCCCAACAGCGGCAUGAGCAGAGAGGUCCUGGAGAAGAAGGUAGAUCUGUCGUAUGAGCACCAAAAGAAGAACAGUGAAGUGAAAGUGAAGGAGGAGAGGAAGGAGGAACAGGAUGGAGUAACUGAAAGGCCAAGUGAGCACCCGGCACAAGCACCCUCCACACCAAACCACCACCACCCUCCCUCCUCGAUGCCCAUGCCCAUGGGCAUGGCUGGUGUCCACCCGAUGAACAGCAUCAGCAGUCUGGAGAGAACUCGAGUGGUGGCACCCUUCAUGGGUAUUAGCCCCAUCCCAGGAGCUGAUAGGUUCCCCUACCCUGCCUUCCACUGGGACCCAAUGCGGGACCCCUACAGGGGCCUGGACAUUCACAGACGGGACCCUUUGGCCAGGGACUUGCUGCUAAGAAAUGACCCUCUGCACCGCCUGGCAGCACCACGGCUCUACGAGGCCGAGCGCUCCUACAGGGACCGUGAACCCCAUGACUUUAACCGUGACCAUCCCCACCCUCUGGCCCUGGAGCAGAGGAGGGAGCACGAGCGCGCCCAGCUGGAGGAGCGUGAGCGCCUCAAUAUGCUCAGAGAGGACUAUGAGCAUGGGCGCCUCCACCCCGCAAUGCACCAUCCUGCCCUUGACGGACACGGACACCUCCCUCACCCCGCCCCAGGCCUCAUGGCCCCUGGACUCCCGGGCAUGCACUUCUCCAGAGUCAGCCCCUCAGCUGCAGCAGCUGCGGCGGCGACCGCCCAUCAGAAUGGUAUCCUGAACAAAACACCACCCACCGCCUCUCUGAGUGCCCCGCCCCCACUCAUACCCACAUUGGGUGCCCGACCCGGCUCACCCAGACGGACUACUCCCCUGGCCACAGAUAUCAGAGACAGGCCAACUCACAAAGACAUUGAGGCACGGUGAGCUGAGCCUCAGUGCCCCUUCAGCCCUGUGCCUCACCCACACUGAAUUCACACCAAGCACUUAGCUUUGGGCAAAGCAAGACUGUAAUAUAGCUGUGAAUAACUUAUGUGGGCAGAGACAUGCCCGCACAAUGAAUUGUUUUUGUAUUAAACUACAAAGAGACAAUAAUCAUGGAACAAAACUAAAAAAAAGUUUUUCCCCCCCAGUUUGCUCCAGCUUUUUGUGCUCCUUCUUUUACAGCAAAGUGACGCAGAGUAAGAAUGAACAAUCUUGGAAUGUACAGGUCCUUAAGCACUGACAGCAAAGUGUGUAGAUAUGUGUACAGUCGCUGUGCUCUCUGUAUGGAUUAAAAAUCAUGGUACAAAUAUGCAAAAGGGUGUUUUCAUAGCUUUACUUUAAACAAAUGGCAACAGAGGAGUAUUAAGGCAGAGAUUCAGAAUGUGCUUUUUGCAACUUCCGUUUGGCUUUUUUGGUUGACGUAGCACACUAGCAUUGUACCAGAGACCCCACAUUCAACUAUGCAACACAUGUCUGGGCUCCCUUUCUGGAAACUGGCCUUCUCACCACUACAGGCUGUGAACCAAUGACUGUCAAAGAGGCUGUAUUCUCUCCACAACGCAGACUUGACAAACACUGGGUCCCUGCAGCCACAGACCAGCUUUAACUGAUCCACACAAUUUGGAAAAGGUUAUGUUUUGAAAAUUAAUUUCUCAACUAUCAUGAAUUGUGUUGACAAUCCUAGAUACAGCUGAUGGACGUAUUGCAUUUCAAACGUUUUUGUAUGUAAAAAGCCAGCAGCACAAUUACUUUUUUUCAUCCCACGUCCCUCGCCCAGUUGCCACCAGUCUUGUUCUGGGGAGAAUGCAGCACAUUCACCACUACGACAGCACAUUCGCCCUAUUGAAGGAGUGUAAAAUACAUGUUUUGGAAAUAGGUUCUGUUGGUCAAACAGUGUAUUAAAGUGCUUUCCUGAGUUGUUGUACCUAAAAUCAAAAGACAAAAAAAGCAAGUCUGAACUACGGACAGUUUGUUUCUAACGAGCAGAGAUCUAUUUUAGUAGUCCACCGAAGGUCUAGUUGUGCGCUUCAAAUUCUGUGAUAUCAUGUUGUGCAGUGUUUUUUAAUCCAACAUAAAAAAUGUCCACCGGAGCCAUAGUGGUUAGUUGAUGCGUAUUUCAAAAGGAUUGUAAAAUGAGAAACUUUUUUUUUUGCUGUUUACCAUGUACAGGGGAAGAAAUGAAGUGUUUCUAGAUCAUGUACAAAAAUGAGAAAAAAAAUGAAGCGACUGAAUCUUCAGCAUGCUCCUCAUUUAAACUUGUGUUAUGUAAAUUGUGCCAUGUUAUUAAAAAAUGUGUACUUA